UCUGGCCAUCCAUCCUGACAAGAUCCGGAUUGCUACAGGACAGAUCGCAGGAGUGGACAAAGAUGGACGGGCGCUACAGCCCCACGUUAGGAUCUGGGACAGCGUCAGUCUGUCCACCCUGCAGGUCGUUGGUUUGGGGACAUUUGAGCGAGGUGUCGGCUCUCUAGCUUUUUCCAAAGCUGACUCUGGACAGCACUUGAGUGUGAUUGACGACUGUAAUGAUCACAUGCUGACGGUUUGGGACUGGCAGAAGAAGUCAAAGAUCGCUGAGAUCAAGACCACUAAUGAAGUGGUCCUGGCCGUGGAGUUCCACCCGACUGACCCCAACACCAUUGUCACCUGCGGGAAGUCCCACAUCUUCUUCUGGACCUGGAGCGGGAACUCUCUGGCCCGGAAACAGGGGAUCUUUGGGAAAUUUGAGAAGCCGAAAUUCAUUCAGUGUCUGGCCUUCCUGAAUUCUGGAGACAUCCUGACCGGAGACUCUGGAGGAGUCCUGCUGGUCUGGACCCGGAGCACAGCUGAGACCCCGACUGGCAAAGGACCCCGAGCGUUUCAGAUCAGUCGGCAGGUCAAAGGUCACGAGGGCAGUGUGUUCUGUGUGUGUGAGAUGAGAAGCGGCACUCUGCUGACCGGAGGAGGAAAAGACAGAAAAAUCAUCCUGUGGGACCACGAGCUGAGAGCCGAGAGGGACAUUGAGGUCCCUGAUCAGUAUGGAACCAUCAGAGCGGUGUCUGAGGGGAGGGGGGACGAGUUUCUUGUUGGAACAUCUCGUAACUUUAUCCUGAGAGGAACCUUCAAUGACGGCUUUCUGGUGGAGGUCCAGGGACACACAGACGAGUUGUGGGGACUGGCGUCCCACCCGUCCAGGGGGACAUUUCUGACGUGCGCUCAGGACCGGCUGGUCUGUCUCUGGAGCUCCGAGGAUCAUCGACUGCAGUGGAGCCGAAUGCUGGAGGAACAUGGACACUGUGCAGACUUCCACCCCAGCGGAGCCGUGGUAGCCAUUGGAACACACUCUGGAAAGUGGUACGUUCUGGACGCUGAGACCACUGACCUGGUUGCGAUCCACACAGAUGGAAACGAGCAGCUGUCAGUGAUGCGCUUCUCUGUCGAUGGCAGCCUGCUGGCAGUCGGAUCUCACGAUAACUUUAUUUACCUCUACACCGUCUCCGAGAGCGGCAGGAAGUACAGCCGAUACGGGAAGUGCACGGAGGUCUGGGAUAAUUUUUUAAGGGUUGCCUUCAGUCUCUUAAAAAAAGCAGAGUGGAAACAGGUGACUCUUCUCUUCACAGCGAGGAUGUGAAUCAGGAUUUUAAGUCCUGUCUACACCCACCAACAUCCAUAAAACAGUGACAUGUUCUUAGUGAUCGCCACUCCCACACCUGCACCGCAGUCAGUACUAUUGGUAGAUGGCAUCAGGCAUGAUCACUGCAAGACCAAAACCAAAGACCAAGAUCCAGUUGGCAACCGGGAUCCAAGAAAUCCAUGAGACAAGAGAGCACAAAGACUCGGGAGAAGAAGCAGAGUUAGUGACCUACAGGACUAGGACAUGAAUAGAGAGAAGGAGAGAGGAGCUCAGUGUGUCACAGGAAGUCCCCCAGCAGACUAUAUCAGCGUAACUAAGGGCUGGUCCAAUGUAAGCCUGAGCCAGCCCUAACUAUAAACUUAACCAAAGAGGAAAGCCUGA